AUGGAAGCUGGCAACACAUCCACAGUCACUUUCUUUAUUCUCCAAGGACUAUCCAACAACCCUCACAUUCAGGUAGUACUCUUUGUAAUAUUCAUGGUGAUUUACCUCCUGAUCCUCAUAGUGAACCUGCUGAUGCUGCUGGUGAUUAGGACUGACUCCCACCUCCACACCCCCAUGUACUUCUUCCUCAGUCACCUCUCCUUCCUGGAUGCUUUCUAUGCCUCAGUCAUUGUGCCUAAGUUGCUAAAGAACCUGCUUUCCAAGUGGAACACUAUAUCCUUUCUUGACUGUUUCAUCCAGAUCUUCUUUGUUAUAUUUCUUGGGGGCACUGAAACUUGCCUCCUUUCAGUCAUGGCCUAUGACCGGUACCAGGCUGUGUGCCACCCGCUGCUGUAUGUGGUGACCAUGAAGAAGAAGGUGUGUGCUGUCCUGGCAGGAGCCUCCUGGGCCAUAGGAAUGGGGACUGGCCUGCUUAACACCAUCCUCCUAGCUCAGCAGCACUUCUGUGGCCCCAACCUUAUUCACAGUUUUGCCUGUGAGCUUCCUCCAGUGCUCCUGUUGGCCUGUUCUGACCCCUACAUGAGCGUUGCCUCCAUCCUGACCACCAUGGUGGUCCUGGGCCUUGGCACUUUUGUCAUAUUGGUGGGUUCUUACACCCAUAUUAUCCUGACAGCCCUGGGAACGAACUCUGCCACAGGUUGGAACAAGAUCUUCUCUACCUGCUCAUCCCAUUUUCUUGUGGUCAUCAUCUUUUAUGGUUCUGGAAUUUUCAGGUACAUGACUCCAGCUUCUGGCUCAGCCCUGGAGCAAGUGCUAUCCAUGCAGUACAGUGUGGUGACCCCGCUGCUGAACCCGCUUAUUUACAGUUUGAAGAACCAGGAGGUGAAGGCAGCUCUUAGGAGGAGGUUGGCCAGGAAACCUAGGUUUACCUUCUAAGCCAGGCUCUACUGCUUCCUCAGAAAAGGAGGAAAAGUCAUGAGAAAGGAGAGGAGACAGAAAACUUUCAUCUUAAAGCUAUCUCAGCAUGAAAAACAGAAGCCUUAGUUGCUCUGACCCCAGUGCCCUCCCUUAGUCAAGCAAAAUGGAAAAACCUCCACAAAACCAAUGGCAGCCAUCCACAGAGGACCCAGUCACCACACAAGAAAACCUUCUCAAUAAACAUAUGAAGGAUCUUCAAAGAACUAAAAAUGAAGCCACCAUAUGUAUCAGCAAUUCCAUUUCUGGGAAUACAUUCAAAGGAAAUGAAACCAAUAACUCAGAAAGGUAUCUGCACCCCCAUGUUCAUGACAGCAUUAUUUACAACACCCAACACAUAGAAAGAACCUAGGUUUCCUUAAUGGAUGAAUGGAUAAAGAAGGCAUAGAUAAAGCAAUGGAAUAUUAUUCAGCUGUAAAAAUUAAGAAAUUCUACCAUUUGUGAUGACACGCAUGGACCAUGAAGGCAUUUUGCUCGGUGAAAUGUCAGACAAAUAAAGACAAAUGCAAGAUGAUCUCACAUACAUGCAGAACCUAGGGAAAACCAAACUCUUAGGGAAAAAAAGGUCAGCCAUAUGGUUAUCAGAGAUGGAGGGUAGGAGGAAAGGCAAUUGGAGGAAAGUAAUUAAAAGGUAUGAAUUUCCAGUGUAAGGUAAAUAUUGAGUGUAAUGUACAAUAUGAUGACUAUAGUUAACAGCAUUGUAUGAUAUAUACAAAAUCUGAUAAGAAAGUAAAUCCCAAC